UUGUAUGUGUGAGGAUAAGAAAAAGUCACAGUAAUUCAGGGCCAGUGUCACGGUCACCUUUUGAUGCCUCUGUCUCUGUCCCUCCCUCCACAGAGGCUUUAGGGUUUCUGUUUUUUCCCCCCAACCCAAAUUAGGUUUUGAAAUAUUGACAUUUUCCCACCAUUAAAGCACCCUUACACCUUGCUGCAAUUUUUUUUCCUCUCUGUGAAAGAAAAAAAAAAAAAAAAAGAACAAAAAGAAAAACUCCAUGGCCAAAACUAGACCAGGAAAAAAGGACAUAGACUCCUACACUAUCAGAGGCACCAACAAGGUCGUCAGAGCUGGAGAUUGUGUGCUUAUGCGACCAUCGGACACUGGUAAGCCUCCUUACGUGGCUCGGAUCGAGAAGAUCGAAGCUGACAACCGGAACAACGUUAAAGUUCGGGUGAGGUGGUAUUAUCGGCCGGAGGAGUCCAUAGGAGGUCGGAGGCAAUUCCAUGGAGCCAAAGAGCUCUUCUUGUCCGACCAUUACGACGUUCAGAGUGCUCACACCAUUGAAGGCAAGUGUACGGUUCACUCUUUCAAGAACUACACCAAGCUCGAGAAUGUAGCUGCUGAGGAUUACUAUUGCAGGUUCGAGUAUAAGGCUGCUACUGGAGGGUUCACGCCGGACCGAGUCGCUGUGUACUGCAAAUGCGAGAUGCCAUAUAACCCAGAUGACCUCAUGGUGCAGUGUGAAGGAUGCAAGGACUGGUAUCAUCCUGCUUGUGUGGGAAUGACUAUUGAAGAAGCAAAAAAGCUGGAGCGUUUUGUGUGUUCUGAAUGUUCUUCUGAUGAUGAUGUGAGAAAAUCAAAUAAUACAUUUUCAGUAUCACCAGUAGCUGAUUCCAAGGUGGAGCCCAAACGCCGGAAGAGAUGAUCACCUUUGCCGGCAGUGAUUUACAGGGGCAAAACAACUCUUCUGUCAUUCUUAGUUCUUUGGUCACAAUUUUAAGGGUUGUAUAGCUCAGCUAGAGGUUAUUAGUAACUCUGUUUUGACUCAAAGCUAUGUAUCUAUGUUAGAAUUAGUGGGAUUAGUCUGUAUGAAAAAAGAUAAUCAAAUUAAGCCAGAAAAUAUGUAGCAUGAACACUUGUGGGCUCUGAACUUUUUUUCCCUACUAAUCUGCUAUCCAUUAGUCUGUAUGAAAAAAGAUAAUCAAAUUAAACCAGAAAAUAUGUAGCAUGAAACACUUGUGGGCUGUGACUUUUUUUUUUCGCUACUAAUCUGCUAUCCAUUAUCAAUGUUUGA